AUGUCCUACUGUGAGACGAAUCCGGAAAAGCUUCGUAAAUUGAAUGAGGAGGCGGAAUCAAAGCCAGAUAGAGACUUGGGAUUUUAUCCUUCCCCCAUAUCCGUCACUGAUAAGUGGUUGACUCGGGUUUUCUCCCCAAAAGAUCCUUAUCACUCGGAUAAGGGAUAUCCGUAUUCGUAUAAGCCUGCUGGUAAUUAUCUUGGAAGACCUCUCUUCGCCACUGACUUACAUCUUGGGACGACAUGGGGGACCAACCUGCGUCCAUUCCGCCCAAAGUUCUGCCAAAUUAUGGAACGUGACUACCUUAGAUGUCUCAGUAGAGUUGGAGUCCAAAAUUCCGACAAGAUUUGUCGUAUUUAUUGGGAGGAUUUGAUGGAAUGUACAACGUAUGAAAAAUCCAAGAAGAGAAUGCUCUAUAUGGAAAAAGUGCGGAAGCAAAAGAAGCUCGAACCAAUGAGUCCUCCACCGUUCACCUCCAUUCAACGCCCCAACUAG